GCGGCCGCGCGCCCCGGGGCCUUUGUGCGCGGCGGGGCCGGCGGCCGGUGGGCGCGGAGGAAGAGGAGGAGGAGGAAGUGGCGCGGGAGGAGGGGCGCGGGGAGGAGCGCGGGCGCGCCGGGCGCCCCGAGCCGCCGCAUGCGAGUCACGUCCGCCCCCGCGGCCGCCGAGACGCCGAGCGCCGAGCGAGGAUGCAAGAUGGCUGCCCGCUAGGCCGCGCCGGCCGGACCCAGGCCCAGGUGCUGGAAAGAGAAAAUGCCAUAAAGGAUUCUUUUAAAGUAUGAGGCCCGCGGUUCCCGCUGCAGCCCCGCAGCACUGUGGCGUCUCCCGGCGGCCUCGGAAGCGGUGUGCUCGGAAACAGGAGCGUCUCGGCGGCCGGCGGCCGGCCAUGGGUCGGGAGGAGCGGUGAGCGCGGCCAGCUGAUUCCUCCCGCGGGCAGCCUUGUGGAUGGCCCCGAAGCCAGCCCGAUGGAGCCGGACAGAAGCAGCCAGGCAGAGGGGAGCAGACUGAGCCCGUUCCUCGCGCCGUCGCCCCCGCCGAGGAAGCUCCAGAAUGGAAGCCCGUUCCCAGAGGUCAACGGAGACAGCAGGUGGCAGCUGGGCGGCCACUACGGGGCGGCCCCUAUGAAGGGGGCCCAGCAGAGCCGCCUGAGCCCAGAGCUGCCGCCCGCGGGCCCCGGGCACCCCCGGGGCCUGCAGAACGGAGGGAUAAAGCGCGCCGUGAGCGAGCCUCUGCUCUCCGGGCUCCACCAGAACAAGAAGCCCAAACCAGACCAAACGGCCAACGGAGAAAGGCCGGUCCCCGGGGAGAGCCCGGACCAAGACCCAGGUGCACGCGGGGACCGGCCCGAUGGCCCCGGCCUGAGUGACGGGAGACAGGCCUCGAGCUGGGCCGCCCAGGAACACGCAGCUCAAGAUUCCACGGGCGUCUCCCCGCGCGACUGCGGCCUGGACGUCGCCGAGCUGCAGGUCCCGCAGCGGCAGCAGGAGGAGGACGCCGAGGGCCCGGCCGAGGACUUGGCAUCGCUCCUGCCCGGCGCGGCCGCGCCCGUGCCCAAUGGUGCUCCCGCCCCCGCGUGCCCCGCGGGGCGCUCUCACGGUGCGCGCCCAGAGCCGGCGCCGAGACCCCCGGCGUCCCCCUCGGCCUGUGAGCCCCCUCCCACGCCGCAUACCUCAGGGCAGACUCACGCCCCCCAGCCCGCCCCGCUGGGGCAGCCCCCCGAGCCAGCCGCGGCUGCGCCUGGUGCCGGUGCCCGGAACCCCCCCGCCAUGCCCGGUGCGGGUUCCCUGGAGAGACCAGAGCAGCCGCCCAGCCUCGAACUCCGCCCCGCCGCCCGCGGCGCCCACCCGGGCACCGCCCACCUCCUCGUGCCCGGCGGGGCCGCCUGCCCAGGGCCCAGCCGCGGCGACCCGCCGCCCCCGGGAGCCGGCCCCGCGCCGGGUCUCCAGCCAAACGCAACGAAUGGUGCUUACUCGGAGCAAAGCCCGGUGUUCUCCGACGACUCCGUCGCCGUGCCCGGCGCGCCCCCCCAGCCGCGCGCGCCCCCGCCCCCGCCCCCAGCCCCGCUGCUGCCCGGGCCGGGUGCGGUCAGUGAUGAUGCAGCCAGGGCCGGUCACCACCCCGGCCCGGAGCCCCCGGGCCCGGCCCCUGCCCCCCACACGGGGCUUCUGGAAAGGCCGCCCGGUGCCCGCGCCGACGGGGACGACGCGCCCCCUUCGCUGUGCCCCGCGCAGCAGCUCCCGCAGCCGCGCCCGGCCGCCCAGGCCGCGCCCCCGCCGCCCUACUUGAAGCCUGGCUGGAUCGACCUGACGGCCCCCCGCGCCCACCCCGCAGAUGGCCAGCCGCGGUGGGAGGCGGCGGCCCUGCGGCCCGGCCUGCAGUACCAGCCCGGCCCCUCCCCGCAGUGCCCCGGGAAUGCCCCCGGGAUCGCCUCCGGGCCUGCGGCACUGCCAGAGUGCCGGGCGCAGAGGGGCGCGGCCGAGGCCAGCCCGGGACCCCCUGCGCACCUCCUGGCCCCCAGGGCCCCCGCCCAGGGCUACUUCCCCCGCACGGCGCCCUCGGCCCCCGCGCCCUUCCAGCACCAGCCUCCCCCGCCGCCCCGCGCCCCGCACGCGCUCCCCCAGAGACCGCCCCUGCCGAAGGACGAACCGGUGCCCGUACCGUGCCUGCGGCCCCCGGACCCGCACGGCGUCCCGAGGCCCGUCCAGGGGGACGCGCGCGACGCGGCUUCCGACUCCACGUGCGGCGAGUUGCGCGCGGCGCUGGCCCAGCGCGGCCCCGAGCAGGCCCAGGAUAACGGCCUCUACCCCUACGGGCCGUUCGCCAGAGCCAACACCAACACCAACGCCGGCGCGGGGCCGGGGCCGCGGGCCAACAGCGCGCGUCCACUCCCGGAGCAGCAGCUGCCCAGCCUCGGCGCCGCGCUCUUGGCGGGAAACCAGCUCCCGAGCGCGCCCCGCGCGCAGUACUUCCCGAAUCACGCGACCUCAAAGCCAGAUGUUCUUCACAGGUGCUUUCCCGACCCGGAGCAGAAGCCGCCGCCGGCUUCUGUCCUCCAGGCCGCUCCGCGGAACCCCGACGCGCCCGGCCCGCCGGCCCCGGGCCACGCGCAGCCCAGGCUCGCGCUGCAGAACCCGGCCGGGGGCGCCCCGCACGCCCCGCCCCUCAAGGACUUGCAGAAGCUCGCGGCGCUGCGGUGGCACCUCCUGCAGAAGCAAGAGCAGCAGCAGAGCCGGCAGGCCCACGGCGAGCCGCGACCCAUCAAGGUGGAGCCGGGCACCAAGGCCCCGGCCUGCAGGUGCCCCGCGUCUGCGCAGCCAGAAAACAAAGUGUAUAAGAAGCCCCCCCAGCCGGAGGCGGCCCCCGCGGGCGACAGCGCGCAGCCCCGGAGCAUCCUGGAGACCAUGGAGCAGCGCCUGAAGCAGUUUCAGGCCAAGUCCCCGUUUGACCCCAAGACGCUGGCGCUGAAGUCCCAGAAGCCCAUCAAAGUGGAAGCGCCAGGGCCGCUCUCGGCCUUCCCCAGGCAGACCGCGCCCGAGUGUGACGGCCACAGCCCCGCGCUCGAGCACCCCGCCGCCCCUUCGGCCGAAAGAACACCCACCAAGCGAACGGCUGGCCCUGUCCUCAACGCUUUCCUAGAGUCACCUUCCAAAUUGCUAGACACGCCUAUAAAAAAUUUACUGGACACACCCAUCAAGACGCAGUAUGACUUCCCGUCUUGCAGAUGCGUAGAGCAAAUUAUUGAAAAAGAUGAAGGUCCUUUUUAUACCCAUCUAGGAGCAGGUCCUAAUGUGGCAGCUAUUAGAGAAAUCAUGGAAGAAAGGUUUGGCCAGAAGGGUAAAGCUAUUAGGAUCGAGAAAGUCGUCUAUACUGGUAAAGAAGGCAAAAGCUCGCAGGGGUGUCCAGUGGCUAAAUGGGUGAUCCGCAGAAGCUCCAGCGAGGAGCAGCUGCUGUGCCUGGUGCGGGAGCGAGCCGGCCACUCGUGCGACGCGGCGGUGAUCAUCGUGCUCAUCCUGGUGUGGGAAGGCAUCCCGCGGGCACUGGCCGACCGCCUGUACACGGAGCUCACCGAGUCGCUGGCCCAGCACGGCGCACACACCAACCGCCGCUGCGCGCUCAACGAGGAGAGGACGUGCGCCUGCCAAGGGCUGGACCCCGGGACGUGUGGCGCCUCCUUCUCCUUCGGCUGCUCCUGGAGCAUGUACUACAAUGGAUGUAAGUUUGCCAGAAGCAAGAUCCCAAGAAAAUUUAAGCUGCUUGGGGAUGACCCAAAAGAGGAGGAGAGGCUGGAGUCUCACUUACAGAAUCUGUCCACGCUCCUGGCUCCCAUUUAUAAGAAACUUGCACCUGAUGCCUAUAAUAACCAGAUUGAGCACGAGAACCGCGCCCUGGAGUGCCGGCUGGGUCUGAAGGAAGGCCGCCCGUUCUCGGGGGUCACUGCGUGCCUGGACUUCUGUGCCCAUGCCCACAGAGACCUGCACAACAUGCAGAACGGCAGCACGCUGGUGUGCACCCUGACCCGAGAGGACAACCGGGACGUCGGGGGCCGGCCCGGCGACGAGCAGCUGCACGUGCUGCCCCUGUACAAGAUCUCGGAGGUGGACGAGUUCGGCAGCGCGGAGGCGCAGGCGGAGAAGCAGCGCAGCGGGGCCAUCCAGGUGCUCAGCGCCUUCCGGCGCAAGGUCCGCAGGCUGGCCGAGCCCGUCAAGACGUGCCGCCAGAGGAAGCUGGAGGCCCGGAGGGCCGCGGCCGAGAAGCUGUCGGCCCUGGAGAGCGGCGCGAGAGCCAGCGACAGGGACAAGGCGGCCACUGCCCGGGCCAAGGCCGGCGAGAGCGUGGGCCAGGCCAAGCAGCUGGCAGAACUGCUGCGGCUCCCAGGACCCGGCGCGCCGCACCCCGCGCAGCCCGCACAGCCCGAGGUCGCCUCCUACUCCAACGUGUACCUGCGACGGCCGCCCCCGGCCGGCCCCUACCCGGGCGCGCCGCCCGCCUCGGACCCCGGCCACCUCUACCCCGGCGCCGGCCCCGCGGCGGGCUCCUACUUGAACGCUUCCGGCCCGCUGAGCCCCUACGCGGGGCUCCUGCAGCCCGGCCCCCAGUACCCCGCCUUCCCGUGCAACGGGGGCCUCCCAGGCGACGCCUGCGGGCCCUACGCCGGCACCUACUCGCCCCCCGCGCCGCCCGCCGAGCUCUACGGCUACCCCGGCCAGGACCCGCUGCCCAAGCUGCACCUGCCGUCCAUCCACACGCUGUACCAGGCGCGCCUGGCGGGCGCCCGCGGCUUCCUGGGCUGCCCUGCGCCCGCCUUCCCCGCGCCCGCCGACGCGCCCCCGCCGCCCCAGCCCGCGCCCGCGCCCGACACGAAGGCCGAGGACGCCGACGUGUGGUCCGACAGCGAGCAGUGCUUCCUGGACGGCGACAUCGGCGGCGUGGCCGUGGCGCCCGCGCACGGCUCCAUCCUCAUCGAGUGCGCCAAGCGCGAGCUGCACGCCACCACGCCGCUGCGCGAGCCCAACCGCCAGCGGCCCACGCGCGUCUCGCUCGUCUUCUACCAGCACAAGAGCAUGAACGAGCCCAAGCACGGGCUGGCGCUGUGGGAGGCGAAGAUGGCCGAGAAGGCGCGCGAGAAGGAGGACGAGGCGGCGGGCGCCGAGCCGGGCCGCGCGCACGGCCGCAGGGCGCGCCGGGAGCCCCCCGACGGCCACGACCCCGCGCCGCCCGCCUACCUCCGCUUCGUGCAGGCGCUGGCCGCGCGCACGCUGGCCGCCACCACCGACUCCACCGUCACCACGGCGCCCUACGCCUUCACGCGCGUCACCGGGCCCUACAGCAGCUACAUCUGAGCCGGGGCUCCUCCCGAAUGGUGCUACGAAAUCACGGUGUCUUGACAGUCCGACUCAAUGCCUUUCUCCCUCCCGAUGCUGUUCGUGUGCUCGACGGGGCGCGCCCCAGGCCCGCCUCCAACCAAGUGGGCGUCAUCGCCAGGCCCUGCAGUGCGCGCCAUCGCCGGUUCCUGCAGUGCGCGCCAUCGCCAGUUCCUGCAGUGCGCGCCAUCGCCGGUUCCUGCAGUGCGUGCCAUCGCCGGUUCCUGCAGUGCGCGCCAUCGCCAGUUCCUGCAGUGCGCGCCAUCGCCGGUUCCUGCAGUGCGCGCCAUCGCCAGGUCCUUCAGUGCGCGCCAUCGCCAGGUCCUUCAGUGCGCGCCAUCGCCAGGUCCUGCAGUGCGCGUCAUCGCUAGGUCCUGCAGUGCGCGCCAUUGCCAGGUCCUGCAGUGCGCGCCAUCGCCAGGUCCUGCAGUGCUCGCCAUCGCCGGUUCCUGCAGUGCGCGCCAUUGCCCAUCCUUGCAGUGUACGUCAUUGCUAGUCCCUGCAGUGUGCAUCAUUGCGGGUCCUUGCAGUGUGCAUCACUGCCCGUCCCUGCACACGCCGAGUGCUGCAUGCGUGCGCGCCUCGGACAGAGAUUUCACAUGGUGUCUACAAGCACUUUGUCUACCUAAGCUUGGACAACUUGAACAACGCUAAGGUACUGAGACGUUUAAAAAAGAAAGUUUACUUUCCUUUUAGAAUGCAAAGUCAGUUUUUUUUUGUUUUGUUUUGUUUUUGUUUUAAGGAAACAAGGAAAGCUUUUAAAUGAUUUUUGCUUUUAGCCAUGCAUCACGGAUGAGCAAUGUGACCGUUUUUUUUCGCGCGGCGAGUCCGGCAUGGGGGCUUGCUGGGUCGAAGGGAGUCAUUCGCUCACCAAACAUGUUUUCUGGUGCUCAUCUCACAUGUUAUACUGUAAAACAGUUUUAUACAAAACCGUAGGACACGUUCAUUGCUCAGAUGCAGAGUCUGCGGACGGCAGGUCACAGCUGGCCGCGUGGGAAGCUGGGCCGCGCCUGCGGGCAGGCCAGCUGCUCCCCGCAGCCCCGACCUCUGCUGUCGUCCUAGCUGAAGUGCCCCGCCGAGGGGCGCCGAGCAGACUGGUGCCUGCAGAUGAACAAACAGGGUGCGUUCAAGACUAGGAAAACGGGCAGCUGGUUUGCUAUGAUGGUUUUAAAUCAUUGAUUUGUAUAAAGACGUGAAAGAGAUGUAUAGUAAAUAAAUUAAAUUGUAAACAAAACUUUUUUAACGCAACGCUUUAGUAUUUUAGUACUGUAAAAAGAAUUUAAAUAUAUACAUAUAUAUGGAUUUGAAGCAGAAUUCACAUCAUGAUGGUGCUACUUGGCCUGCUACAAAUAUAUCAUAAUGUGAGCUAAGGGUUCAUACAGGUUUGAGUGACUCUCCUACCUGCCAUAUACCUCAACACUAGCUUGGCAGUAGGGUUGGGAACCACGCGUGAGCUGCUGGCAUUGUGUACCAUCAUGUUUUUAUCAAGUCUCUCUUUUUUUUUUAAUUAUCAAGAAAGCAUACCUUUUUCAAUACUUGAUUUCUUAGCAAGUAUAACUUGAACUUCAACCUUUUUGUUCUAAAAAUUCAGGGAUAUUCCAGCUCCUGUUCUCCUUACGCCAAGAUGUCACCUGUGUUCGUGUAAAAUUGUUGUCGUUUAACAAAUUCUUUUUCAGGGAUUUUACCCUUUUAAUUUGAAUUCCCCCCCCCCUUCUCUUCUUCUACCUGUGCCCCAUGUUACUAACCUGAAACUAAUUUUGCAAGUCUGUUGGCCUUUUGUAUUGUAAAAAGUAUUUUGAAAUUCUGGGGAAAUGUUUUGAUGAGCAAGGGGGGUUGAAAUGCAAACAGAGUGCAGGAGUUGGUCCAGAGGGAACCCACUGCAGGGGCUGGGUGUGUGGCCCGCCCCUGCGUGCCAGCUCCGUAGAGACAUUCUGGCCCCCGCGGCCAGUAGGGCACAGACCCCCGGCUGGGGUGUUCAGGCUCCAUCCCCUGUCGGCCGGGCGUCACACAGAAACAUAUCAAAUAAAUUAUCAGAGGAAGCCCCCCCACGCCCCUUUUUAAAAAUCAGUAAAACCUUUAAUUGAUUGGAUCUUUUAACCUGGCUUUUAUCUCUUGAAGAAAUUUUUCCUGGGUUUUGGCUGAUUCAGUUUCCGACGCUGUCUGUGCCCAGACCCAGGAUUCUGAUCCUUGCCGUGUCCCCGAGACUGAGCCUGAUUGGCUGGUUAGCACGUGCCACUGGCCGGUGUGGAGACAGCUGCCCCCUAUGAUAUUCGGUUGCUUUGUCAUCUACUGUCACUUGUCAAACUGCUGGCCGCCAAGGGCGGGAAGUGGGGCCGGGGGUGCAGGGAGAGGCCAGCGGAGGGGCUGAGCUUGGUGGCAGGUCAGCGGCGUCACUGGCUCCAAGUGCUCGUGUGUGGUGGCGACUUUACUUGAAUGAGUUUUUCACGUGAUUGACACACAGUGGCUGGCUCAUGUAGGAAGCUGUCGCAGUUUGACACUAAGAUAACGAACUCUGCAUUUUUUUCUAUGCUUUUUUAAAACUUAGCUUCAUUUUAUUUUUCAUGAGAUGUUUGUUCUAUAAAAGCGAAUGAUGGCUAUAAAUACUGUAAGUAUUGUAAUGUUAUGAAUGCAGGUUAUUUGAAAGCGUUUAUUAUUAUAUCAUUCCUGAUAACGCUAUGUGAGUGUUUUUAAUAAAAUUUAUAUUUAUUUAAUGCA